AUGCCCGGUGUUUUGUUUGUUUGCUUGGGAAACAUUUGCAGGUCACCUCUGGUGGAAGGGUACUUUGUUUCCUACUUUGCCCAGAACCAUUUAGCCCCUACUUUCUUUGCGGACUCGGCUGCAACGAGUACAUAUCAUGUUGGAGAGCAUCCGCAUAGUGGAGGUCAGAAAUGUGCGAAAGGACACGGAAUUGACAUUUCCAAGCAUCGUGCUCGCCAAGUGAAAGCUGCUGAUUUUGAUAACUACGAUUUGAUUAUUGGCAUGGAUUAG